GAUGUGCUCCUGUUUCCGCGGGUCUUUUAGGACAACACAACUCCGCGCAACACUGAGCAAAAAUGGCGGGAGUAAAUGCUAUGGAGAAGAAACUGGCUGAAUACAAGUGUGACACCAAUGAAGCAGUUUGCCUGAAGCUGGUCCGUUUUCCUGAGGAUGUUGAUGAUGACAGCACCACUUUCCACCCAGAGUACACCCACCAGUUAUUUGGAGACGAUGAGGUUGCUUUUGGAUACAAAGGUCUUCAGAUCCAGCUGUUCUACACCGCUGGAAACCUGAGCACCCUCUUCAAAGUUAAAUAUUCUUCAAAAGUCACAGACACAUUUGAUUGUGUGGAGCCGGACGAUGUUGAAGGGAAGACCCGGGAAAUAAUUCCCUCCGGUUUCACCUCCAACACGGACGACUUCAUCUCGCUGCUGGAGAAGGAGGCCAAUUUCAAGCCCUUCGGCACCAUGCUCCACUCGUACACCGUCCACAACGAAGAGGCGGGAGAACUCGCCUACCAGAUUCACAAGGCCGACAUCACCUGCCCUGGAUUCCAAGAGUACCACGAGCGCCUGCAGACCUUCCUCAUGUGGUUCAUCGAGACAGCCAGUUUCAUAGACACAGACGACGAUCGUUGGGACUUCUUUCUUGUAUUUGAAAAGUACAAUAAAGACGGGGAGACUCUCUACGCAACUGUUGGCUACAUGACAGUUUAUAAUUACUACGUAUACCCAGACAAAACCCGACCACGUGUAAGCCAAAUGCUGAUUCUGCCUCCUUUCCAAGGAGAAGGUCAUGGUGCUCAUCUCCUGGAGGCAGUGCACAGGUUUUACUGCAGCCUGCCCAAAGUUCUGGACAUCACAGCUGAAGACCCCUCAGAGAACUACGUGAAGCUGAGAGACUACGUGCUGGUGAAGCUUUGCCAGAGCCUGCCGCCCUUCGCUGCAGACAAGCUGCCUCGCGGCUUCUCGGCUGACAUGAUCAAAGAGGCGCAAGAGAAGCUGAAAAUCAACAAGAAACACGCAAGGCGAGUGUAUGAAAUCUUGCGUCUAAGAGCGACAGACAUGAGUGAUGAAGAACAAGCGAGAGCCUACCGGUUAGAGGUGAAGAGGAGGCUCUUUGGACCGUACAGGAAAAACCAGAGGGAACUGGCGAAGAUGAAGAAGUGUCUUCGGCCAGAAGAGCUGGUGUCCCACAUGGGCCAGAUGGACACGCAGACGCAGCACGAGGAGCUGGAGAAGAGCUAUCAGGUUGUUGUGGAAGACUACAGGCGGAUCAUCGAGAGGUUAGCGUCGCAGGCCUGAUCUGAGUGCGAUUCUUCAGAACUGAAGGGAUUGUACUGAAAGCCCACAUCACCACAGACUUUCACUGCAGUGUUAUGAAUCGUUGAAGCUUGUGGUUGGCUUCAGCAGAACAGGCUUCUCUGUUUCCCAGCUGAUGAAAGUAAAGCAGGCGGAAAUUUCAGCUGGACAGCGCGACGCCCUGUUCGUUUCGUGUGUUUGAUCACAACAUGAUGUGUUUUCACAGGGUUUCACACAUUCACGAUCCUCCAGAAAAACUUUUUUUUUUCCCCUCCUCCGUAAUAGGUUUUUAUUUUAUUUA